AUGAAUAAAACCGAGAAAAUGCUGAAGCAAAUCGUGGUCCAGCGGCGUCAUUUCUGGGAGGCGGUGGAGGUGCGGGCGCUGCGUCUCUUCCACGACAACAGUAAGAAGAAGGAGGAGGCCAAGUUCCGGCUGGAGAAGGACACCUUUGGGGAGCUAAAGGUGCCGGCGAACCGACUGUACGGAGCCCAGACAAUGCGCUCAAAGCUGAACUUUCCCAUUGGAGGGUAUGCCGAGACCAUGCCGAUGCCCCUGGUCCAGGCCAUGGGCAUACUCAAGAAGGCCUGCGCCGAGGUCAACAAGAACUUUGGCCUGGAUCCGCAGAUAUCCGACGUGGUCUCCUGUGCCUGCGACGACGUCAUCUCGGGCAAGUUCUACAAGCAGGGCCACUUUCCGCUGGUCAUCUGGCAGACAGGCUCCGGCACCCAGACCAACAUGAAUGCCAACGAGGUAAUCAGCAACGCCGCCAUCAGCAUGAUGGGCGGUGAGCUGGGCUCCAAGACACCGGUGCACCCAAAUGACCAUGUGAACAAGUCGCAAAGCUCCAACGACACCUUCCCCACCGCCAUCCACAUCUGCGUGGCCAUGGAGCUGAAUGAGCGACUCAUUCCGGCGGUGACGCACCUUCGCGACGCCCUCAAAGCCAAGUCGAACGAAUUCAAGGACAUCAUCAAGAUCGGACGCACUCAUCUGAUGGACGCCGUGCCGCUGACACUGGGCCAGGAGUUCAGCGGCUAUGCCCAGCAGCUGACCUACGGCCUGGACAGGAUCGGGACCUGCCUGCCGCGCGUCUACGAGCUGGCGAUAGGCGGCACUGCCGUGGGCACUGGCCUAAACACGCACAAGGGCUUCGCCGAGCAGGUGGCCAAGCGGAUAGGGGAGCUCACCAGCAUGCCCUUCGUGUCGGCGCCAAACAAGUUCGAGGCUCUGGCCGCCCGCGAUGCCAUGGUGGAGGUCCAUGGAGUGCUCAACACCCUAGCCGUCAGCCUGAUGAAGAUUGCCAACGACAUUCGUUUCCUGGGCUCGGGUCCGCGUUGCGGUCUUGGCGAGCUGUCGCUGCCGGAGAACGAGCCUGGGAGCUCCAUCAUGCCCGGCAAGGUGAAUCCCACGCAAUGCGAAUCGAUGACCAUGCUGUGCGCCCAGGUAAUGGGCAACCAGGUGGCGGUGACCAUUGGCGGCGCUAACGGGCACUUUCAGCUGAAUGUCUUCAAGCCGCUGAUUGUGUCCAAUGUGCUGCGCUCCAUCCGGCUGCUGGGCGACGGCUGCAUGUCCUUCAGCAAGAACUGCGUGGAGGGGGUAAGGGCUAACAAGGACGCCAUCGACAAGAUCAUGAACGAGUCCCUGAUGCUGGUGACGGCCCUCAAUCCGCACAUUGGCUACGACAAGGCUGCCCAGAUCGCCAAGACGGCGCACGCGAACAAGACGACGCUGAAGGAGGAGGCCCUCAAGACCGGCAUCACCGAGGAGCAGUUCAAGGAGUGGGUGGACCCCAAGAAGAUGCUGGGUCCCAAGUAAACGUAAUUUUUUUCUCAGUUUUGCAGAAUUUUAAAUUGAAAAUUGUAUGUUUUAAUUACGGUUAUAAUUAUCGGGUAAUAAAUUUGGCG